AUGGCGGCGUCUGCACCCUCCACUGGCGGCGAACCGGAUCCCAACAACUCGACUAAUUUACGACCUCCAGGCUCAAGUUAUGACGCAUGGUGCGGUGUUGCCCAUGGAUGCACUCGAAAACUGGGGAUGAAGAUAUGCGGCUUCCUGCAGAAGAACAACAGUCUGGAGAGCUCCUUCAGAGAGCGCAGCGCCAAGACCCUUCUCGAUCACCAGGAGACGCGCUUCAGACACACUGAGACCGACUUCUCCAACUUGUACGCCAGAGAUCUAUUGCCUGCCAAAAAUGGAGAAGAAGCGACCAUGCAGUUCUUGCUGGAGGUGGUGGACAUCCUCACCAACUAUAUCCGCAAGACGUUCGACCGCUCCACCAAGGUUCUGGACUUCCACCACCCGCACCAGCUACUAGAGGGCAUGGAGGGCUUCAACCUGGAGCUGUCCGAUCAGCCCGAGUCCCUGGAGCAAAUCCUGGUGGACUGCAGGGACACUCUGAAAUACGGCGUCCGCACAGGCCACCCCAGAUUCUUUAACCAGCUGUCUACAGGCUUAGACAUCGUGGGUUUGGCCGGGGAGUGGCUCACGUCAACUGCAAACACCAACAUGUUCACGUACGAGAUCGCCCCCGUGUUUGUCCUCAUGGAGCAGCUGACUCUGAGGAAGAUGAUGGAUAUAGUGGGCUGGAGAGAUGACGAGGGCGAUGGGAUAUUCUCUCCAGGUGGGGCCAUCUCCAACAUGUACAGCGUGAUGGUUGCCAGAUACAAGUAUUUUCCUGAAGUGAAAACCAAAGGAAUGUGCGCCGCUCCCAGGCUGGUCCUCUUCACCUCAGAACACAGCCACUACUCCUUUAAGAAAGCCAGUGCUGCGUUGGGCUUUGGGACAGACAACGUGAUUCUCUUGAACACAGAUGACAAAGGAAGAGUUAUUGCUGCUGACUUGGAGGCCAAAGUGAUAGCUGCCAAACAGAAGGGCUACGUUCCCAUUUAUGUGAACGCCACCGCAGGAACCACCGUCUACGGAGCCUUUGACCCCAUCAAUGAGAUCGCUGACAUAUGUGAAAAGUACAACAUCUGGCUCCAUGUAGACGGAGCGUGGGGAGGAAGUCUGCUGAUGUCCAGAAAACACAGGCACAAGCUCAGCGGAGUAGAAAGGGCCAACUCUGUCACCUGGAACCCUCACAAGAUGAUGGGAGUGCCGCUGCAGUGCUCUGCCAUUCUGGUCCGAGAGAGGGGGCUUCUGGAGGGCUGUAACUCCAUGUGUGCUGGCUACUUGUUCCAACCAGACAAACAGUAUGAUGUCACAUACGACACUGGGGACAAAGCCAUACAGUGCGGGCGCCAUGUUGACAUCUUCAAGUUCUGGCUCAUGUGGAAAGCAAAGGGAACAAUAGGAUUUGAGCAGCACAUUGACAAGUGCCUGGAUCUGGCGGCAUAUCUCUACAAUAAAAUCAAAAAUAGAGACGGCUACAAGAUGGUGUAUGACGCAGAGCCGCAGCACACAAACGUCUGCUUCUGGUUCUUCCCUCCGAGUCUGCGCGGUCUACCUGACGGAAAGGACAAGAGGGAGAGACUGCACAAGGUGGCUCCAAAGAUCAAGGCGAUGAUGAUGGAGUCUGGGAGCACCAUGGUGGGGUACCAGCCACAGGGAGACAAGGUCAACUUCUUCCGCAUGGUGAUCUCCAACCACGCCGCCACCAGGUCAGACAUCGAUUUUCUCACUGACGAGAUCGAGCGCCUGGGACAAGACUUGUAA